AAUAGGGCUAGAUCAAUAAGCUGCUGAAACUGAAACGUUAAUAAUUCAUAUCUAAACCAUGACAAUAUGGAAACGAUAUCUUGUUGGGUGACAUUUUACAAUUUCUGUAAAAUGUUUUUUGAAAAUCUUUAUUGAGUAAACGUUCUAUAAACUGAAAACAUUAGGCAUAUCAGACAGAUUUUAUACUGGAAAAUUCACUCCGUUUUCAAGGCGUUGAAACAUGUCGGCAAAAUCUGCAAGCAGGACUCUGCAAAUUAGCGCUGGUCUUUUGAGUAACCACGAUGCAGACUUACAAACACGAGCUUUGAGUCCUGUCGGCGGACGUUCUAGUCACGUGGCCAUUGAAAUGCAUGAUGUCACCACAAAUCGCUCGGAGGCAAAAUCAAAUGGUCCAAAUGAUGUAAAUCAAAACUAUGAUACCAGUUCGUUUACAGAAACAAAUGACAAUGCGGAUAUCAAUGGCAUACAGACUUCCCAAGAGGGAACUACCGAUAAUGGCCCAUCAGCACGCAAGAUAAACGUAACUUCAAAUGGAAAAGAUCGAAAAGAUAAGGACGGAAAUGAGAAAGCGCCACCAAGGGACAGCAUUAAACAGAGUUUGGAAAAUCAAACACGCAUUAAAGAAGACAGUUUCCAGUCAGAGAUCUCCUCGGCAAGCCCGAGUGUAACAUUGCCAGGAUCAGCAGGGUCUGGUAAGUCCACGGAUCUCGAGCUACCAAGGUCUAGUGUCAACUCUAGCCAAUCUGGAAACAAGUCCUCGAACUCGGCGUUUGAUGAAUCGGAAUACUACUGUGUGGAUCAUAUGAAACUCUGCUCUACUCAGGAAGCACAAGACGAACACGCUAACUGUGAAUUCCUUGUUCCGGCCUUUGAGUGGGCAGAGGCUCAAACAAUGGAGCGUGACCGCCGUAACAUUGAGGAGAAACUGAAAAAGUUCGAAACCUUCGCAGGUACUCUUCUAGAAGAUCGUAAUGUUUUGAAGAAGCAAUUGAUCGACAGUAAAGAAGAUGUUGCUGAAGAGUUUCUGGACAUUGUAGAAGAUCUGAUUGCCCAUCUUCUGACUAAACAGAAAGAGUUUAUGUCAAGACUGGACGAGCUGCACGGGAAUCACAUGAAAACAAUCGAUGGACAGAUCAGACGAUGCAUGCACGUUCAAAAAGAAACGAGCUUUUCAAUAGAGCAACUAAAUCGUUGUACACAAGGCAGUGACGAAUUUAAAAGAAUCAAGAGAAAUAUCAUCGAGAAAUGUCCGGUUUACGAGGAGAUUCUGAGAAGAGACUUCAACAAUGCAACAAGACUCGACUACGAGUUUAGACCUGAUCCGUGGGUAGACAAAUUCUUUAAAAGUAUGAACAGCCUUGGUGACGUUAUUGCACGUCCAGUAGGUUCAAAACUGCCAGGAUUCCUUUCACAGUCUACAGAGACCGACUUUUCUAGAAAAGAGCUGCAAAUUCUAAGUAGAAACGAUGGUGUUAGUGGAGCCGAUACCAACUCCUGCUGUUUCAGCGGAUGUACGUUCGUCUACGGUGGUAAGAUGAUACUUACAGACUGGAACAACUCAUGUCUAAAAAUGUUCAACAAAAGAGGGGUUUUAUGCGACAGGCUCAUCUUACCAAACAAUCCAUGGGAUGUAAAACUGAUGGACGAUGACCGAGUGGUGGUUACGGUCCCUGGAGAGCAGAAAAUAUUUAUCGUCUGCUUCAGCGGGCAAGAGAUGCAAGUUGUCUCAUCUUUUGAUACAGACUGUGAAUGUUGGGCCGUAGCUGUUGUUGGCGAUAGGUUUGCAACGACUUGUGAUCCAUGGAGCAAAACGCCCAGUAUCAAAAUGUUUACAAUGGCUGGGAAGUAUGUAGCUUUCUAUCAGAAAGACAACAAUGACCGACAAUUGUUCGCAUAUCCGGAGCAUAUCACCACAGAUCCUUAUCAAAGUGUGAUGUACGUUUCCGAUUCCCGGUUACACACGGUGAUUGCGCUCACUGUCGAAGGCUGUUUGAUGUUCCGGUACAAACACAGGGAUCUUAUUUACCCUUCCGGUGUGGCGGUCGACAACCAGGGCUAUCUGUACAUAUGUGGUAAGGAGUCCCAAAAUGUACACCAGGUCUCUAAAAGAGGACAGGUAAUCCGAAUCUUAAUGGACGCAAAUGAGUUGGAAGCUCCUCGUGCAAUAUGUGUCCAACCUGACGGCGAGACUUUGAUUGUUACGGAUGUUGGGAGCUCAAACUGCGAUGAAUUCAUAACAGCAAAGUUAGAAUAACUGUCACAUAGGUCAGUUUAUCAGCUUUACGAUUGGAAACAGUCUAGUCAAGUUUAAGUGACAGUUUAAAUUUCAAGAAUGUAUGAUACUGGAAAAUCAACACUGAAACUAAAGAACCUAAAACGUAAUGAAUGACAAAAACCAAGUUUUAUUAACAUACCAGAUAGUACCAGACAAGUUCAAAUAAGGUAUUUUAUGAUUACAUAACAUGUGCUUCGUAUGAAACGCAAAAAGUUAGUGAAACGUUAUACAGAAAAAAAUCAUGACGUCACCAUAAGAUGAAAGUGGAAACUUUGGAAGCAUUAACUGUGAUACACUUUUCUUGUUUUUGUUGUGUUUUAUUUUGCAAUCGUGUUCUGGAAUUACUUCUCAGCUGUAAAGAAUCUUAUACUGUUGUUUUGCCACUUUGGUAAUGUAGUUAACAUUUGUUAAGAUCACAACGCACGUUUGGAUCAAAAUUGUUUCUUUUGAAUUUAAUAUUUUACCCUUAUUUAAAAAAGAAAUCUCAGUUUUGGUGAUGUUAUCCUAUAUUUUAAAUCCUACGAUGUAGAUUUUAAUGAAAAUUCUUGCAGUUAAUAAAUUUACUUUUUCUUU